UCAUUUUCUCCUCCCAAUUUCUGAUUCCCAAAUAAGCUGGUCUCGUAGUCCGUAGUCGGGUGAACUGGGCGAGACUUUCAGUGGUUGUCGCUCGAUAUCUUCAGCCUUAGGAACCCACAUCGUUUCUUCAGCCAGUUUAUCGUCGAUAGUAGAGUAAACGGCCAGGCUCGAUCUAAUAAGCGGGAUUCCGAAGAGUCUCAUGACUCGUUUCCUCUAGCUUUCCAUAGCAACAUGUAUCGUUUAGGUCCGUGUUGUCUCCAUUCCUAGCAUCCGUCAACCGAUUCCGUUGUUUCGGUUCCCCUUAAGCCGAUUCCGUUGUUUCGGCUCCCCCUAGAACUAUUCGCAGCUACCAACUCAACGCGUCGUGACUCACGUAACCUCGUGUCGCACCUCCUUUUCUUAGGUUCCGACCUCAGAGUCCAUGUCAACAUCCACGUCAGCAGUCAUAGCUGCAACGUCGGAUGCGUACGAGCAGUCGGUGGCGAUCCUGACACGUCUGACCGGGAAAUGGGGUCGAAUGGAGGAGGAGGAAGCGAAUGUGCGACGAGCAGCUGAGGCGAGCAAACGGCUCGUUGACAUCUUGGCUGAGAGGGAACAGGCCAUGGCCAGCUUGAUUGACCGCUCGCAGCAGGUGGUGUCAGAUAUGAGGGAGAGGGUGGGGGAGCUACAGAGGGACUUGCAAGAGGAUGCAGAGAGGUUGGAAGAGGUGAAUGAGCAGAAGAGGGAGGAGCAGGUGGAGAUUGACGCGCUCCUGGAAAAGGUGAAGGCGUAUCAGGCCAGGAUUGAUCAUCUCGUGCGGAAGCAAGGCGAACUUCAGGUUAAGCGAGGGAAGCUCGAGGCAGACGCUGAUUUCCGCACCACCAAGAUACGCAAGGAGCUGAUUCUAUUUUCAGGCUUCACCAGCAUUCGCUUGGAUUUAGACGUGCAGGACCGAUUCGUUGGCACGAUGGCACACCCUUCAGGGAGUCCCGAGCUGGCCAGGCCUCUUGACUUUGACGUGGCUGAUGCUAGCACCACGACUGCCACUGCCUACCAGCUAUGGGACAUGCUAUGACACGUUUGACUAUUGACAUGACGGCACACCCUUCAGGGAGUCAACAGCUGGCCAGGCCUGUUGACUUUGCCACCUCUGAUGCUAACCUUGCUGCUACUACCAGCUAUGGAACUUCCUACGGUUUGUUUAGACUUUCCAGUUACUGUUUCCUAGCCCAAUGGCACAGCCUUUCUGGAAAUGCAGAGCUGGCCAAUAAUCCCUCAUCUAUGGUACCAUUUAUCCACCACUUCCACCUAGCGGAUGUGGAACAUAAUUUGCUUGAGUAUAGUUUUUGAGUACGAGAUAGCUAGAUGUUUGGAGGCGUGAUUGUUCUUGUACAUGUGAUGUUGUAAGGUUAUAGCAUUUGCUCUUUAUA